CAGCACACAGCCACGUGAAGAGCCAGCGCAAAAAUCAACCUCAAAAUAAAUCGGAGCUGUCUCUCAAAGACUUAGGCCAUUCUUUUCUCCGCGCCCGAGGACUUCCUCCUGCAACUCCGACCAUCAUCAACUUUUUGAUUGUUCUUCUGCAUGACACAGCAGCCAAAACAGAAUCUAUACUAUUCAUAUUCAUAUUCGACGAUAUCAUCUCUCAACCAUUACAAUUAUCAUCAUCACCAUCACCAUCUUUGCAAUACGAUUGGCUUUCCUUUGAACGUCCCUUUGUAACUCUGGACUCUGCUUUUUGUGGGAGGCUGAGGAGCUGGAAAAAGGUUCUGAUUUUAUUGGGAAAAAAUAGCUUUUGAAUUUGAAAAUGAGAAGAAGUUUUCGAUUUGCACGCCAACUUCUAUCAGCUUUACAAUAUCAAGAACACAAUUGCUCUGUUAGUUUGUUGAAAAGGCAACAAACCCUUUUGGUAGAUGGCAAUUGCACCACUUCUAUUUGUAGAGCUAUCAAUAGUGUUGAUACUAAUAGAUUUCUCUCUCCCAAACUUAUCAUCUCAAGAGCUCUGUCAACAGAAGCUGCUAAAAUUUCUAAUGGAGAUGUGAACAGAGGAGGACCACUUGUAGAGUAUGAAAGAAAAAUUGCUGCUGGUGAGCUUGUGGAUGGUGAUAGCUGCCAGGUGGGCACUUUAAGGGAGCUUCAAAGACUUUAUGAUGAGAUUGUUGAGUCAGCUGAUACCUGUAAGUUGGAUCGGUAUGCUGCUUCUGACAAAUCUGGAAGGAGUAGGUGGUUGUGGUCUCGUUUCUUGCCACAAUCUUCAUACUCACCAGUUAAAGGAUUAUAUCUUUAUGGAGGAGUAGGCACUGGGAAGACUAUGCUGAUGGACUUAUUCUUCAAUCAAUUGCCCUGCAAUUGGAGGAAAAAGAGGAUCCAUUUUCAUGACUUCAUGUUGAAUGUCCAUAGCCGGCUGCAGAAGCACAAGGGUGUGGCAGAUCCGCUUGAAGUUGUUGCGGGAGAAAUAUCUGACGAGGCAAUCUUAUUAUGUCUAGAUGAAUUCAUGGUGACUGAUGUUGCAGAUGCAUUGAUAUUGAACCGUUUAUUCAGACAUCUAUUCAGCAAUGGCAUUAUUCUUGUGGCCACCUCAAAUCGUGCUCCUGAUAAUCUUUAUGAAGGUGGAUUGCAGAGAGAUCUUUUUCUACCAUUUAUUGCAACUUUGAAGGAAAGAUGUGUGGUUCAUGAAAUUGGUUCAUUAGUAGACUAUCGGAAGAUGACAUCGGCUGAGCAAGGUUUCUACUUUGUUGGUAAAGAUUUAUCGGGCCUCCUUAAGCUAAAGUUUCAAGAAUUGGUCGGGGAGCAAACAGCUGGUCCCCAAGAGGUGGAAGUAGUAAUGGGAAGGACAUUGCAGGUUCCACUGGGUGCUGAUGGAUGUGCAUAUUUUUCCUUUGAGGAAUUGUGUGACAAGCCUCUUGGAGCUGCAGAUUAUUUUGGAUUGUUCAAGAACUUCCAUACCCUGGCAUUGGAAGGUGUCCCAAUCUUUGGACUUCACAACAGGACAGCAGCAUAUCGGUUUGUCACUUUGGUUGAUGUGAUGUAUGAGAACAGGGCCAGGCUAUUGUGUACAGCGGAGGGGAGUCCUCUAGAACUUUUUAGAAAGGUUGUUACAGUUUCUGAUGCAAAACAAAUGGCACCUAGAACCUCCACGAGAUCAAGGAGAAAUGAUGAUUCUGACCUCUGUGUAGACAAUGAACUGGGAUUUGCAAAAGACCGUACAAUUAGUAGAUUGACAGAGAUGAAUAGCAAAGAAUAUUUAGAGCAUCAUGCUGCCAUAUUAACUGAGAAGCAGCUCUUACAGGAAGAUGUUAAUGCAAACGCUGUGCUAGGGAUGGGCGGUUAUCUCCUGCUGUGAGAUCCGUGGUACGAUAAGCUCAUGCAUCUCCAAGCAAUUAUUUCCUCUGCUUUGGUCGAAAUGGAAAUAUAAAUUUCUUAAGCUUGUGCCUCAAUUUUUCUCAUUUUGUUUAAUAAGAAUGAAAAGCAGAUUACAGUUCUAAUGUCAUUUGUUUACAAGA